UGCUUUGAGUGAUCUCUUCUGAUUUAGGCAGUUUGUGAUUAAGAGGAAAAAUGGAUGAGUCAAAAGAAGAUAGCGUUGCAAAGUUGAGGAAAGUAUUGAAUAAUCUGUUGAAAGAUGACGAUGAUGUUGAUGAUCAUGACCUCAAUAAGUGGCUAAUAGCUCGAAACUAUGAUGUCUCAAAAGCAGAGGCCAUGUUUAGAGAAAGUAUGAAGUUUAGGAAGGCAAAAUACGUCGACACCUUAUUUGAUACCUACCAAAUAGCAGAGGUUCUCCAAAAAUAUUUCCCCGGCGGUUUCGUCGGCUUCGAUAAAACCGGAAGUCCAGUUGUAGUCGAGCUGUUCGGCCAGUACGACAUGGAGGGCAUCAUGAGGUCGUGUCGUAGGUCAGAUCUCGAAAAGGUCAAACUCUUUCAGUGCGAGUUCACUGUUAGGUUGUGGAGAGAUCAGACCAAAAAAUUGGGAAAAAGAGUUGACAACUUAACCGUCAUAUUUGAUAUGGAAGGUGUCGGCACUAAAUUUCUUUGGAAACCUGGUCUGGACAUGUACAUAAGUCUUAUAAAGUUGUUAGAGGAUAAUUAUCCAGAGAUGCUUAAGAGGCUGUGCGUUGUUAAUGCUCCAGCAAUAUUUCCAUACUUAUGGAAUCUGGUCACCCCACUGGUCAGCCCUGAGAUGAGGCAGAAAAUUGUGGUACUAAAAAAAAGAUGAAAUGACCGAACAGUUGACUGGUUAUCUCGGAGAAGAGUGCCUACCUGCCUAUUUAGGCGG